AAGUGACAACAAGUGUUACCAACCUAAGCGCUUUGAAUUGACGUGACAUUACAGACCAAGUUCUUUUCUGCCCCACGUUUCGAAAGGAAACAAGCGUGUUGUGAACCCGAGCUAGUUUCGGCUUGCAAAAUGAAGAUCGGUCUGUGCGCAUUCAGCGGGUUCAAAAUCUACCCGGCCAGUGGUAAGACACUGGUGAAAGCCGAUGGAAAGACGUUUACGUUCCUGAACAAAAAAUGUGAACGCUCGUUCCUGAUGAAGCGCAACCCGCGCAAAGUGAAGUGGACGGUCCUGUACCGUCGUAAGCACAAGAAGGGUCUUGUGGAGGAAGCCACCAAGAAGCGUACCCGCCGCACGCAAAAGUUCCAGCGUGCCAUUGUUGGUGCUUCGAUUGCUGACAUCAUGGCCAAGCGUAAUAUGAAGCCUGAAGUGCGAAAGGCUCAGCGUGAUCAGGCUAUCAAGGUUGCGAAGGAAGCCAAGAAGGCUAAGCAGGUUGAUAAGAAGGUCAAGGCCCAGCCGAACCCGAAGCAGCAGAAAACCAAGGCCACAAAGGGUCCACAGAAGGCCGCCCCGCGCGUUGGAGGUAAACGAUAAAAAGUGAGAACAAAUUUUCCCUUUUCGUCAUUUACCGUAAACACACCUGGGGUGUUUUAUUUUUGUGUUUUUGGGACGCUUAAGUUAAAACAUCUACACUCGGUCACAACAGACACAAUCGAAAUGUAACUUGGAAAAUGUGAAAUAAGAAAACAGCUACAGGUUGUUGAAUGUGGA